AUGUCCAAUCCAGUUACAGGUGUGGAAAUAUCCGUGUCCCCGACCAGCCUGAAUGAGGGAAGCACUCUGACGAUCACCUGUAGAGAACAGUCACUUUCACAAGGAGUUAAGCUGUUUAUACUAGGUCUGCAGAAGGCCAAUGAUGCUGGGGGAUAUGACAACCUCCUUACAUAUAUUGUAAACUUUAAACCAGGAGAUCCAUACCUGCCUAAAUGGGGAACUACCAUCGGUGAUAUUCAGCAGCGGGCUAAUGUUACCUCGUCCUUUGAUGCUGGUAAAACAUCCGGGUUUUUUGAGCUGAGGAUAAAUUCAGGUAUAUUUACCUUUGCUCACUGGGGAACGUGUACUCUAUCCAUCCUGAUAACCUCAGUGAGUUGUCAGAACCCCCAGAUUGUGGAAGACAUUUUCCCUGAAGUGAAGAGGAAAGGUGACACAGGCUACCUGAACUGUACUGUCAGCAGGCAACAGAACAAUAAGGUUAAUUGGAUCCAACCAUUGGGCGGUGUUAAUGAUAACUGGAUUUCCAGCGACACGGAAAUUUUGGCUAAAAACGAAGUGGUCAAUGGAAAACAGAAGUAUGAAGUUAUCCGCCAUGUACGUGGAAAUGAUAAAAUCACCUACACUCUGGUGGUAAACCGACUGCGUGAAGAAGAUAGCGGUAGAUACAAAUGUACGGUAUUUCUUGUUGGAAAAGACCAGAGGGAAUGGCCGUACAAGUACGGGAAUAUGACCGUACAAGUUCCACCAACAAUUAAAGUGUCGCAGACCUCAGACACAGUCCAGCGAAAUCAGGCAUCUGAUGUUACUCUCAGGUGCAACGCUACAGGUAAUCCAAACCCCAACAUCACCUGGAUCAGAGCAGACGGCAAGCCUCUACCAGAUGGCAGGCUCAGUCACAGGGGUCAUUUUCUACACAUCACAAAUAUCAGGAAUGAUGAUCGAGGGAUUUACAGAUGCCUGGCAGACAACAACGUGAUACCACCCGCCCACCAUGACGCUAAGCUGGUAGUAAACUUCAAGCCAGAGGCCGAAGCUGUGCAGGACACAGUGGGACAGGCCCAGAAUAGACGGUUCCAUGCUCUUUUAGAAUGUAAAAUAAAAGGGAUGCCAGAGCCGAACCUGAGGUGGUUCAUGGUCACAGACACAGGUCCUGUUUCCCUGAUAGACGAUGCCAAGCAUGAUAUCAAUCAGCUGCUCACCCACGGCACAUCAUUGCAACUCAAUGAUGUUUGGUACUCACUGAAAAUCCUCAACGUCCAAGCGAAUGAUUACGGCGUGUACUAUUGUGAGGGAUCAAAUGCUCUGGGGACAAGUCGUGCAGAGAUUAGACUUUAUGAAACCUCACAAUGCCAAGGUUCCGACUGCCCAUUAGGCUUUACCACGACGCCCGCCCCUUUUCACCGGACUCCGGCCAUUGUGAAGAAUAUCACACGGAUCUCAGCAGUUCUGUUGAUUGACAUGCGCGAUCCACCCACCCAGCUGACAUCGACGGGGUACAGAAUAAGCUGUGAAGAGUCACAAGACAAAAGGCUUGUAUUUAACGAAGAGAUCGAGAAAAAGGACGCCAGUUGGGGGAAUGGCACAGCCCGCUUUACUCUGGUCGGGUUGAACCCGGGUAGUAUGUACAGCUGCCAGGCCACUUCCCGAACGUUUCUGGGGCAGGGUUGGAUGGAGAGAUUCUCUUUCAUGACUAGUAAUCCAGAUGUGUCAUCUGCUGCACGCGCACCUGUUCGCUGGCAGCACGCUGUAGGACUCUUGGUGUUUUGGACCGCUAUUAUCUUGCAAAAGGCAUAUAUGGAUCAAGAACCUGAGCAUUAAUAGACAAGGAUGUAUCUAUAUAAUAUGUAUGGGUUGAUAAUCUGACUAUGCUAGUGUUUAUUAUCCGUCAUAAUGAAGUCAGAUCAUACAUGUUUAAAAAAUUCUUUGGACCUUGUUUUACAUUGUCAUAGCCCUGUCCGUCGUUCUAUCUUCAUCCGUGUCACUGGUGCAUAUGAACCUAUUCUCAGCACAUGCAUAAUGUGCUUCGAAAAUAAUCUUUGUGAGAUAAUCUCUGGACCUCUUCAUAGGAAAUUCAUGAAGUUUUGUUGCUUUGGUUGGAAAGCUGCAUGGAAAAUGCUGGACUGAGGAGUGCUACUGCUAUUUGUUUUACCAUUCGAGCAUGGUAUGUCUGAUUUGAGCUAACAGAAACUGCUCAUUGGCGCCUUUCAUGUGGCGCCCUCCAUGUGGCGCAUUUUCUACAUUGUAUACACACAACUCUGGUAUAUUUGAUUUUCUGCAUCAACCUACUCUUUGUGCUGACCUGAAUACGAAAGAGUUUUACCAUAUUGUUUAUGCACAUAUUAUGUAUUUACCUGCACCCUCUAAUAAAUGUUUUUGAGACUUG